AUGAAGCGUGAAAAGAAUGCCAAUGGUGGCACCAUUGUACCCUCACAUACCUUUGAAGAGGCCAUCAGCUUAUUGCCAAUUGGCAAGUUUCAUUACAAGCUGCUAUUGGUUGGUGGCCUGUGCUUCCUGACGGUCAUGGUGGAGAUUAUGUGUGUCAGUAUUAUUUUGCCCUCGAUGAGAUGUGAUCUGGAAUCGACUGUGGCCGAACAAGGUAUAUUGGCUUCAGCGGGAUUUUUGGGUAUUGUUUUGAGUUCGCAUGGCAUGGGUUUUUUGGCUGAUACCUGGGGUCGAGUAAAGACUCUGCGAUUGGCCUUUACCCUGGCCUGCAUCUCCACUGCCAUCUCAGCGUUUUCUGUCAACAUAUGGAUGCUGAUAGUUUUCCGCUUUAUAAGCGGUUUUGUUAUAUCCGGUGGCCAGGCUUGUGUUUUCAGUUUGGCUGGAGAGUUCCAUGGCAAUCGUACCAGGACAAGGCAUGUGACGUUGUUGUCGGGUUUCUUACCGCUUUCGUUGGUGUAUUUGCCGACUAUGGCCACCUUUAUCUUGCCCCUCCAAAUUGACACAAUGUUGUUGGGCAUGAAAUUCUCCUCAUGGCGUAUUUUGAUCCUGACGAAUUGUAUCUUGAGUCUGCUGACCCUGUUUGGCUUGUAUUUUAUUCCUGAGACCCCGAAGUAUAUGUUAGUUCAGGGUGAUAACAAUGCUGCCUUGGAAACCCUUCGUUGGAUAUUUACAAAGAACACAGGAAAACCGGCUACAGAAUUUCCCGUCCAACAUAUUACUCCUCAAACUGGUGGUGCCAACUUAGCCAAUAUUGGUGGGGUAAAGGAUGCCGUCAAAAUGAUUUGGUCUCAAACUAAGCCUCUCUUCGCCAAGGAAAGAUAUUUGCACACGAUCAAUAUUUGUAUUAUCAAUAUGGCCGUCUAUUGCAUAUCGCAAGGGUUGUUUAUGUGGUUCCCCACCCUUCUCAAUGCCAUGGUUGCCAGUAAUGCCGAAAAUCCUCUGGUCUGCUAUACAUUGGUGCAUUUGAAUGAUGGCUCAAAUACUGGGGCCAGUGAUGUCUGCAAUGGUCAUGUAGAUAUUUUCCCCUUCCUGAUUAUUAUUUUGGUUGGUGCUGCCUUCACCCUCUUCUAUUUGUUCUUCUCUUUCACCAUUGACCUGAUUGGCAAAAAGAAUUUGAUACUUACAUGGCUGGUGGUGUCCGGCAUUUGUGUCACUCUACUCCAUUGGACUACGAAUUUCUACGUCAUUGUAACACUGCUCACAUUCACAAUGAGUGUCGGCAAUGUGGGCGGUUUGGUCUCGACCAUUUCCAUGGAAUUCUUCCCUACCAAUAUCAAUGCCAUGGGUAUGUGUUUCAUUAUGAUGCUGGGACGUGUCGGUGCGGUGCUCGGUAGCAAUUUCAUUGGUGUCCUCCUGUUCAAUUAUUGUGAUAAUACAUUUUGGGCAAUGACUGCAGCGUGUCUUAUUCUGCUAGUAAUGUCGUGGUUCCUGCCCGAAAGGAAAUACAAUAAGAAGAAAGUUAUUCACCCCACAACGGGUUAA